AUGGAGACAGUUGGGAGGAACAUCUUAAAAUUUCUCCCAAGCUCUUUAAGAGAUAUUGUCUUCGAUCCCCCAGGUUCUCUAAUCACCAAUAUCUGCUUUACCUUUGGAAAUGGACUUCAUUUAGAGACCUUAAACACAAGAAAUGAAAAUAAACUGCUUCCUAAACGUACUCACUUAGUGCGGCAAAAGCGGACCUGGAUCACAGCUCCAGUGGCUCUUCGGGAAGGAGAGGAUUUGUCCAAGAAGAACCCAAUUGCCAAGCUACAUUCUGAUAUUGCAGAAGAAAGAGGACUAAAAAUUACAUACAGAUACACUGGAAAAGGGAUUACAGAGCCACCUUAUGUGUUUCUGUUUGAUAAAGACACUGGAGAAUUGAACAUUACCAGCAUUCUUGAUCGAGAAGAAACGCCAUUUUUUCUGCUAACGGGUUACGCUUUGGAUGCAUAUGGAAACAACUUGGAAAAACCAUUAGAACUACGAAUUAAAGUGCUUGAUAUCAAUGACAAUGAGCCAGUGUUUACACAGGAAGUCUUUGUUGGGGCUGUUGAAGAGUUGCUUGCAAGAGAUACACUCGUGAUGAAAAUCAGCGCAACAGAUGCAGAUGAGCCCAAUACUAUGAAUUCUAAAAUUUCCUAUAGAAUCGUAUCUCAGGAGCCUGCUUCUUUUCCAGUAUUCUACGUAAAGACAGACACAGGAGAGAUUUAUACAAGUAUUACCUUGGACAGAGAGGAACACAGCAGCUAUACUUUGACAGUAGAAGCGAGAGAUGGCAAUGGACAAAUAACAAGUAGACCAGCAAAACAAGCUCAAGUUCAGAUUCAGAUUUUGGAUGUCAAUGACAAUAUACCUGUAGUGGAAAAUGAAAUGUAUGAAGGAUCUGUUCAAGAAAAUCGAGCCAAUGUAGAAGUUGUGCGCAUAAAAGUGUUUGAUGCAGAUGAAGUAGGCUCCGAUAACUGGUUAGCAAAUUUUACAUUUGCAUCAGGAAAUGAAGGGGGUUAUUUUCAUAUAGAAACUGAUGCUGUAACUAAUGAAGGGAUUGUGACUCUUAUUAAGGAAGUAGAUUAUGAAGAAAUGAAGAAUCUUGACUUCAGUAUUAUUGUCACUAAUAAAGCAGCUUUUCACAAAUCAGUUUGGAAUAAAUAUAAGCCGACACCCAUUCCCAUCAAAGUAAAGGUGAAAAAUGUGCAAGAAGGCAUUCAUUUUAAAAGCAGCACAAUCUCCUUUCACAUUAGCGAGGGCAUGCAUGAAUCAAGCAAAGGCUCAGUAAUUGGAACAUUUCAAGCUUUUGAUGAAGACACUGGACAGCCAGCCCAUGUAAAAUAUAUAAAAUUGGAAGAUACAGACAACUGGAUCUCUGUGGAUUCUGUCUCAUCUGAAAUCAAACUUGUAAAAAUUCCUGAUUUUGAAUCCAGAUAUGUCCGAAAUGGUACAUACACUGCAAAGAUUCUGGCUAUAUCAGAAGACUAUCCUAGAAAAACCAUCACUGGCACCAUUGCUAUCAUGGUUGAAGACAUCAAUGAUAAUUGUCCCACAUUGGUGAACCCGGUGCAGAGUGUCUGUGAGGAGACACCCUAUGUGAACAUUACUGCCGAAGACCUGGAUGGAUACCAAAACAGUGAGCCUUUCAGUUUCUCUGUCGUUGACGAACCACAUGGGAUGGCAGAAGAAUGGAAAAUAGUACAACAAAAAAGUACCAGUGUGCUGCUGCAAAAAAGGGAGCAAAAGCUUGGGCAACAUGAAAUCCAAUUCGAGAUUAAAGAUACGAAAGGCUUCAGUUGCCCUGAAAAACAGGUCCUUCAGCUCAUCAUCUGUAAGUGUCUGGAUGGCAGUGGCUGUGAGGGAAGCCUGCAUGACUCCUACGUUGGCCUGGGGUCCUCGGCAAUUUGGCUAAUGAUUUUGGCCCUUCUGCUCUUGCUACUUAUACCACUCUUACUGCUGAUGUGCCGUUGUGGAGGGGGAGCCAAAGGCUUUGCCCCUGUGCCUGGUACUAUAGAGAUGCUGCACCCGUGGAACAAUGAAGGGGCACCACCUGAGGACAAGAUAGUACCAUCACUUCCGGCAGCAGAUCAUGGAGCAAGUCUAGCAGUGGGAAGUAGAACAGAGGUUCUAUUAACCAAGGAAACCACUGUGAAAGGGUGUAGCUCUGCUUUCCUUUCCAAAGGGCUACAUGAGACGCAUGAGAUGGAUGGAAGAUGGGAAGAACAGAGAAGCCUUCUUUCUGGUGGGCCUACCCAGGUCACAAGGACACCAGGAGCUGUCAUAGGUGCCGAGACCAUAACCACCACAAGAGCCACAGGGGUUACCAGAGACACAGCUGGAGCUCAAGCUGCUGCCACUGCAGUGAACAAGUUCUUGAGAAAUUAUUUCACUGAAAAAGCCGCCGUUUACACUGAAGACAGUGACAGUCACGCAGCCAAAGAUUGCCUUCUGGUUUAUUCUCAGGAAGAAACUGAGUCCCUAGAUGGUUCCAUUGGCUGUUGCAGUUUUAUUGAAGGAGAGCUAGAUGACCGCUUCUUAGAUGAUCUGGGAUUUAAAUUCAAGACACUAGCUGAAGUUUGCAUAGGUCAGAAAAUAGAUAUGGGUAUGGAAAUUGAGCAGAGACAAAAGCCUGUCACAGAAACAAGUAAGAGCACAGCUUCACGUUCACAGUAUGAGCAAACCAUGGUUAAUUCAGAAAAUAACUACUCCUCUGGCAGUAGCAUUCAAGUUUCAAAACCUUUCCAUGAAGCAAAAGCAGAGACAGAGACAGUAACUCAGGAACUAGUCACUGAAAGGUCCGUGUCUUCUAGGCAGGGUCAAAAGGUAGCUGUACCUCUUCCUGAUCCAUUGGUUCCUAGUAAUAUUUUAGUGACGGAAACAUCCUAUGCCACAGGCUCCGCCAUCCAACCAAGCGCUGUGAUCCUGGAUUCUGGACAACCACAGGGCCUUAUUGUGACAGAGAGGGUGUAUGCGCCAGCAUCUACUAUGGUAGCUCAGCAUUAUGCCAAUGAAAGUAAUGUCUUGGUCACUGAACAAGUAAUACAGCCUAGUGAGGGUGUAUUGAAUUCCCUUGAAGUCCCUCAGCAUCUACCAGAUGCACAUUAUGUCAUGGUGAGGGAAAGAGAGAGGGUCCUGGCCCCCAGCUCGGCUGCGCAGCCCUCUCUGGCCAUGCCCAGUGUAGCAGUGGGGCAGAAUGUGACAGUGACAGAAAGAAUACUAACACCUGCUUCCACUCUGCAAUCCAGUUACCAAGUUCCUGCUGAAACCUCUACGAUGGUUCGAAAGACCAUGGUUUCUGGAGCUGGUGUCACUGGCCCUGUGCCAAAUUUUGGGUUAGCGGCGUCUGCUCAUUCUGAUUCUGCCAUAACCACAUCUUCCACCAGAGUCACCAGGCAGAGCACUGUACAAUAUUCUUCCUCCUAA